UGUUCGUCCGAAGAGAGGUGCUUCCAAAGCAGUCUUGAGUAAACCAUACAAACGACGUAACACUUAAAAAAGAAACUAUUUCAAAUCAAAAAAAAAAACAAAAAUCCUGAACUAAAGCGGAUAUUAAAAACCAAGAAAAAAAUUAAACGAAAUAAAACAAUAAAUUAAGAAAAAAAAAUCUAUUGAAAUACUAUUCAAAAAAAGUUCUUAGUGGAUUAUAACGACCAGCAACAACAGCAUAUUACACAAGGUGUUGAAUUGAGAAUAUUGAAACGUGCCAUUUGUAACGGAUUAUUUUCAAAUUCUAAUAAAAGCCAAAAAAUUUCUUUAACGGAUUACAUACACACACACACACAAAAAGGUUUUACAAACACAUUAAGUUGAUUGGCUAUUGUGUGUGAGUGAUUUUGUUGUCAUUUAUGUUAUCCCCAAGCAACUUCGGACGUUACAGUAUAAAUUAAGGAUAUCCACAUUUUCACAGUUAUUGCCGCCGCCGCACACAUACACACAAAACAUGGGACAACCACAUAGGCGAUCAAAUUGGCUGGCACUGUUUUGUUUAGUUAUAACUUUAAAAAAUGCUUACUGCGAAGGACCCCACAUAGACUCAGCAUCCCUGCCGCUUGAACACAGAUCGGUUUAUGGACCACCACCACCCUCACCAGUUUAUGGUUCACCACAGACAGCUUUGGCAGCCAGCCCCAGCAAUGAUAUAUCCGAUGAUGCCUGGCCCCUGGGCGGCACAAACGACAGUCCUCAGAUCAAACAUCUGCAGGUGCAGUGCGAAAAGACUCAUAUGCGUGUCAACAUCGAGUUCGAUCGUCCCUUCUAUGGCAUGAUUUUCUCAAAGGGAUUCUACAGCGAUCCCCAUUGUGUGCAUUUGAAACCUGGUACCGGACACUUGAGUGCCACAUUUGAGAUAUUCCUUAAUAGUUGUGGCAUGACAAGUUCGGCAAAUCACAAUGCUGCAGGAUAUGGAGCUCCCACGCCUUCGGGCAGUUAUGUAGAGAACACCAUCAUCAUUCAAUAUGAUCCAUAUGUUCAGGAGGUAUGGGAUCAGGCUAGAAAACUGCGUUGCACCUGGUAUGAUUUCUAUGAGAAGGCUGUGACUUUCCGCCCCUUCCAAGUUGAUAUGCUGCAUGCCGUGACUGCCAAUUUCCUGGGAGACAAUCUACAAUGCUGGAUGCAAAUACAAGUGGGCAAGGGUCCUUGGGCUUCGGAAGUUUCGGGUAUUGUGAAGAUAGGUCAAACCAUGACCAUGGUCUUGGCCAUCAAGGAUGAUGAGAACAAAUUCGAUAUGUUGGUGCGCAAUUGUGUGGCGCAUGAUGGCAAACGUGCCCCCAUACAGCUGGUCGAUCAAAAUGGCUGUGUAGUAAGACCAAAGAUUAUGAGUAAAUUCCAGAAGAUUAAGAACUUUGGACCUUCGGCUUCGGUUGUUAGUUUUGCCUAUUUCCAGGCCUUCAAGUUCCCCGACUCCAUGAAUGUCCACUUCCAAUGUGUCAUACAGGUGUGCCGCUACAAUUGUCCCGAACCUAAGUGUGGACCCAGUUUGGCCGGCGGUGAAUAUGGUGUGCCUCAAAUCGGCGGCAAUGGUCUAUCCUCUGAAUAUGGCCCCCCUGAACCUUAUGAGCGUGGAGAUUUCGGUCUUGGUGGUUUGCCCCCAGCAGCUUAUCCUGAUCCCAGACACCCUGCCAGUGAUACCACAGGAGCCUAUUCGGAAAAUCAACCCGAUGUGGUGCCCUCACCACAAGCCCAAACUGCUGGUGUCUCAGAUUCAGGUCCCUCUAGCUCACAGGCAGCUCCAGUCCAAAAUACCAAUGACUUGCACAUGCCACCACCCCCAUUGCCUGGUCAGCCCGGCCAGUACAGCACAGUUAAACGCAAAGAUGACAUUGAAGGCGGUAAUUUGGUCUCCCUGGGAGGACGUCCUCGCUCUGUUGAGGGUCUCGAUGAUUUGCGUGGUGUACGCAGGCGCCGUGAUACCAUUGAUAUCGUUGUUAAACCCAGAAUCUACAAACGUGAUGCCCAAGAGAUGACCGAUGUCAAUACCAGUCGCAUCAUUCAGGUUGUGGCUCCCGGCGAUGUAAACUUUGCCCUCAAUAGCAAUGCCAACAAUGAGACGGUGGUGAUACAAUCAGCCCGCAAUGCUGAUCCCGAAACGAUUUGCAUGUCCGUGCCCAGUUUUGUGGGUGGCCUCGUUAUGCUUUUGCUUGUUUUGGCUGUUGCCUCCCUAGUCGCCGCUUUCCUCUUUGUACGUGUCCGGCAUUUCGAUCGUAAAGGAGCCCCCAUGGGUUAUCACAAUUAGUGUGUGUGAUACUUGUGCUUGACCCCCACUCACUAUCGCCCACCACACCAGGGAACUCCUUCUAUCCCUCCCAUCAAGAGCAGUAUACAUUACCCCAGCAGCAUUCUUCUCGACCUGGCACAUUGUUAAAAUACUUUUAGAAGUGCGUUUACGAAAUCUGACGAUUGAUCUAUGUUACCUCUCGAUGUUAGAACAGCAGAUCCCUUUUUUUCUACCAAAAAACGGAUUCUCUUAUUAUUAUUAUUUAUU